UUUUCGACGAUCUGUCCCGGAGGAAGGAGAAGGAUCAGGCGUUGGGUCGGGACGUGGACGUGGACGUGAAACUAGAUUUAAAUUUAUACGAUCGAGUGCUCCCGCUCCGUUGUCAGAUGUCGAGCGAGCCGCUCGAGAAAGUAACAAGUACAUUAGUAAACUAGGAAAAAGUAAAUUUGGAAUGAACUUGGUAAAUUGCAGCGACAGAUCUAAAUAAUUUUUCAUUCCUCAAUUGAAAUAAAGGAUCACCAUCAUGCCCACUCUCUUCGCCGACCGUCGGCCGCAGGUCGAACGAUGGCUCUCGGAGCACGCCCCCAAUGCGAAAGUAUCCAGGAAAAAACACCCAUCCCCAUCCAUUUUUUGCAUGGCAAAUAGUGGAUUUUAUGCAUGUUUUGCAUGACAAAUUGGAUGGGGAUGGGUGUUUUUUCCUGGAUAGAAAGUCGUCUCGAGCUACCGGAGAGAAAUCAGCCGGCAGUCGUGUGCCGGAAUCUCGCUCUGGAUCGGCACCAUGUACGGCGGAGGCGCACUCUACCUGAUCAUCGGCGUGUUGCUCUUUUUCAGACGGUGGCUGCUCACGUUUGCUCGGGGUGCAGGUGACACGGCUGAUUAUACAGAGGAACGAGGAGGACAAGACGCGCUGUCCAGCACGAGCGGUCUGCUCCUUUCCCCCAGCUUCUACUUCCAACUGGACCUCUUUUCCCUCUUCCUCACGUCUCUGGUCGUAACCGGCUACGGCUUCAGAACGGACUUUUUCCUGCGGAACUUCCCGAAAAUUUCCGAAAAAAUCGAACGAUACAUCAUGGUCGGGUGCAACAAAUACUUCGGCUGCGUCGUGAUCGCGGAGGAUCCGGCGGAAUUCCGCAGAUUGCUGUCCGACCAGACCCAAGCGGUCAUGGUGGGUCUGGCGCCGCACGACGUGCUACCGCUGGCCUGUUGCGGCCUAGCGCCGAUUUGUCUGCAGGACAGUUUAAACUUGGCGGAAAAUAAGCCGGGGGUGGUGAUUGCCGCGACGGAGAGUAUCCAGCUCACCCCCCUGUGGAACCAACUCGCGUACCUGCUGCAUGCGCGGUCCGUGGGGAAAAAGCAGGUGGUGAGGGAAUUAAAAUCGGGCAAGAAACUCGCACUAGUCCCCGGCGGGGUGCAGGAGGUCCUGUGGAACUACUUCUACAAACAGGGCCUGGAAGAAAAGCAGGUACGAGAUUUGCAGCAAGGACACGACACGUUUUUCGCGGAAAUGGGAGGAGCAACAGGUGUAAAAACCGACAAUACUAGUACAACUGGAUCGAAUAAAGCAGAAUCAUGUAGCAGCACAACUGCAGCUUGCAAGAAGGAGGAAUCCGAAUCCACAGCGUCAAUAAGCACGCUGACCACAGCUACCACGACGAAAUCCAAUUCGCAAGUUUCUCUAGUAAGUUCCGACAUAGGUUCUGGUGGCUCAACAACAUCUUGUUCACCUGGCAAGAACCUAUCUUCAGCUUCUUCACAGACAGAAACAUCAGACCAGCACCAGCAGCAGAAGAACAAGGCGACAAUUUUUGCGGAAAAUGGAAAGAAAGACGCAGAACAACCUCUGAACACGAAACAGGACGACUUUACCAUCCUGUAUCUCCAGAACCGCAAGGGGUUUGUGAAACUCGCGAUCGAGCAAAAAGCAGCGGUCGUCCCGAUUUUCGCGUUUGGCCAGGAAGCGGAGUUUUCCUUCCUCGCCCCGCAGCCCCCGGAGUCUUUCCCGAAGCUGCGGAGGCUGUUCUCCGAAUUCUCGCGAAAAAUCGGGUUCGCGCCAAUCAUUCCCCUGGGCAUCGGGAAAAUCCCGUUCGGGAUUCCCAACAGCUGUCCGCUGGGCCUGGUAAUCGGGAAACCGAUCGUCGGAACCAACGUGGACGCGGUGCAUGCGGAGUACUGUCGGGAGAUAGUGCGGAUAGGGGAACUGUAUGGGAAGUGCUUCACUGCCGAUAAAAAUGACGCAGAUUUUAGUACAACUGGUGCGGGCGGAAAGACAGCGACGCAGGACAAGGGCCGGGUGCUCCUGAUUUGAAGGGGAGCAGACGAGGGUGGAGAUCGAGCUUUCCGCUGGCUGCUCUUGAUGGUGGUGGAUUUCAAAGAUGCCUUGCAUCUGCUUCAUCUUUACACGAUGAGCAGACGUUUUCAUUUCUCGUGCGAGCGCCACCAGCUACUGCUGUCUGUUCUUCCUCGUUUUCUUCCGCACAUGCAUCGUGCAGCAAUCCUCGAAUUUUUACACGCAGUGGCUUUUUGCGACGAACUCUUUUUCAAAUUAACAGUAAGCACAGGAAUGAGAGUUUUUCAAUUCC